GUUGGAAGGCCACCGCCAUGAAAGCCCAAUGGCGACACAUUCAUAGUGUUCUCUCUUCAUGAAACCCAUUUGAGCCGAGGGUUUAACACUCACCUGAAAACACUCUUCUCCUCCAUCAAAAACUCCCCCUUCACCAUACCCACUUGAAAUAAUGGAGACAGUACGGCUCCGUUUAGUAUUCGAUCACAUUCUAAGCAAAUUACAAGACACACAGGGUCUCAAACGUUGCUGGGUUCUCCUUAAACCCCAACACCAGACCAUCUCUGACCUCUCCUCCUAUCUUCUCAAUGCUUUCAGCCUUCAAAAUCACUGCCCCCGUGGCCUUCUCCUCUCGAUGGAAGGGUUCGCUUUGCCUGGGUUUGAGUCUACUUCUAUUUUUAAAGAUAAAGAUAUUAUCAGAGUGGAAAAGAAUGGUGGGCUGGAUUCUGAAAUGGUGAUGCUAGGUGAUGAAGUGAAUAAUGCAUUGGAGGUAGUUGAGAUUGUAGAGACACAGCCUGUGGCUACUACGGGUAUGAAUCUUUUAGCUAAUGAGGAGUUUGAGAAGGAGUGUGGAGGUUAUUUAAGUGAUGAAGAAGAGGAUGAGGUGAAACAAGAAGAUGAGCCGCUGCGGGAGGAAAAUGGUGGUGAAGUAAAAACUGUUUCUAAGAAGCGAAAGGCAGUUAAGAAACUUAAGAGCCCAAAGAAGAAGAAAACUAAAAAAUCUUCUAGUUCUGAGAAGUGUGUAACCCCUGUGAAAGAUAAGGGGAAGAAAGUUUGUUGUGAGCAAAAUGGAACUUUGAGCAUUCCGGAAGUUGGUGAAAAAAGUCAGAGGAAUAAAGCUCUAUCUGAAGCAAAGAGCUUUUCUCGGCCUUUAGAAAAUGGUGAUGCAAGUAUGGAUGGAUCCCCUUCUACUGGAGCGAUUAAAAAGUCCAGUAGAAGUGCUCGACGUAAACAAGCAAUUAGGAGAAGGAAGAAGGAAGAACGUAUAGCUAUGCUUAAAGAGCAACAACAGAGGGUAUUACGUGGAAACUCUCCUCGGAAGGCAUCUGAAAAUGAUAACCAGAGCCUCUCUCAACCUUUGGCUAAAAAAGUAAAUCAAGAAUCUCCUAAGGAAUCUUCUGAUGAAUCUUCUGAGGAAUCUUCUGAGGAAUUACCUGAAAGAGAUGGUGAAAAACUUCAGGAAGAUGGUCAACAGACAGAAAUUGAUAGUGAUUUGGAGGAUGAUGUUGUUCCUAUUGUGAUAAGGCCAGGACAUAUUCGCUUUGAACCUCUCAGUAAAGUGCAUGCUGCUGAUCAGACCGUGCAGCAACCUCAAAUCUCUGUGGAGACAUUUCAAUGGAAUGGCAUAACAAGCAAAAAGAAGGGUCAGAAAUGGGGUACAGAAAAAGCAGCAUCUUACAAAAGGAAUGAUUAUAGAAAUUCCAAUCAAGAGUGUGCAGUAUCUUACAAAAGGAAUGAUUAUAGAAAUUUCAAUCAAGGAGAGUGUUCUAACUCUAAGAUGUGGCAUGAUGGAGCAAAACCUGCAGUUGAUCGUAUCGACUUUGAGAAGCUUGAAUUCUAUACGACGUCACCUAAGGUAGGAGACGUGAUUGCUUAUCGUUUGAUUGAACUGUCAUCGUCCUGGACACCUGAAUUGUCAUCCUAUCAAGUAGGGAAGAUAUCAACAUAUGACAUGCGGGCCAAUAGGGUGCGGCUUGUGCCCGUACCAGGAUAUCCAGUGAUUUCUGAGGAGCCUGAUGGCGAUGCAUCUGCUAUACAAGGGACCACCCAUUAUGCAAAGGAUGGCUCUUUAUGGAUAGACUUUUCAUCACUUCUUGAAGUUCGUCUUGUCACCCAAGUCAACUCGAAUUCAGUAAAACCAAUCGCUGGUGGAGUUGAUGAAGUCUCUGUCAGAGAGCAGGACAAUGCAACAGGAUCCCGAUCCAACAAUGGCAAUGAAUCUCAUGCUCCUGUCCAAGAGAACGGGAAAGUAAAUUCAUGGGAAGAUAUUAGCCAGGCUUUGGAUGCAAAGAAAGCAGAGCUAGCUCAGGAGGAUAAAUGGAACAAGGCGGAGAGUUCGGGCAAGAAACCAUGGUCCUACCGGGCAUUGAGAGGCAGUGCACUUGGUCCAACAAUGGCUUUAUUAAGAUCACAAAAUGAACUAUGACUUUAAAACUAAUAUGAUUUUGGUAACUUUCAGACUUGUUCUAUGAGAUUUUAAGGUUUUUGAGCCUUUGAAGGUCCCAAGUAUUGGGCUUAAUAACAGAGAGCGUAAGUUUUGUAUAUAGUGCUGUUAUGUCUCUAUAUUCUUUCAGUGAUCAGUAAAUGUAGGCUCCCCCUUUCUUGUUC